CGUCUCCGCGUAUAACUUCACACCGAACACCAUCUUGUACUCUCUCUUGUUGUGUAUGAGUGGUGCGGUGCACAUUGCUCAUUAUGAGUUCUUUAAAGUUACAAAAGAGGCUUGCAGCCUCUGUUAUGAGAUGCGGGAAGAAAAAGGUUUGGUUAGAUCCAAAUGAAAUAAACGAUAUUGCAAAUACAAAUUCCAGGCAAAAUAUUCGUAAACUCAUCAAGGAUGGGUUGAUCAUCAAAAAACCUGUCGCCGUCCACUCCAGGGCUAGGGUUCGUAAAAACACUGAAGCUCGUCGUAAAGGAAGGCAUUGCGGUUUCGGUAAACGCAAGGGUACCGCCAACGCACGUAUGCCCCAAAAAGAAUUGUGGAUACAACGCAUGAGAGUAUUGAGAAGACUCCUAAGAAAAUACAGGGAUGCCAAAAAAAUCGAUCGUCAUCUGUACCAUUCAUUGUACAUGAAGGCGAAAGGUAAUGUAUUCAAGAACAAGAGAGUCUUAAUGGAAUAUAUUCACAAAAAGAAAGCUGAAAAGGCGCGUGCAAAGAUGUUGAAUGAUCAGGCUGAGGCGAGAAGGACGAAGGUUAAGGAGGCGAAGGAACGCAGGAAAGAACGUAUCGCGACAAAGAAGCAAGAGGUGCUUCAAAAUUACGCCAGAGAAGAUGAAGCCGCGGCAGCGACGAAAAAAUAAACAUGUUAUUUUAUUAACUUGUAUGCGGUUAGAAUAAAUCUUCUCUAUGGUUAAGUAAAAAA